AAUUUGUUGCUACAUUGAAGUUCCGAUUUGAUACUUCGAAGUAUUUUUUUCGGCUGUGGAUUCAUCACGCGCAUCAGAAUUGAAAGUGCUCAACAAGACACAUGCUGCGUGUGCUCGUGCUGUCCGUUCUUCUCGCGUGCUGCGCCGUCGACGCCGCCCCCGCUCGAGUGUCUGUGGACACGAGCUUGGACCUGCCGUGGUUCAGCUACGAAGGAGACUCCCAUUUCGAGUUUGGCGAAGCGCUGGGCAAACAAUUCCGCGUUGAAAUCAACGACCGAUUGCGCUUGAGCUCUCAACUUCAGGGCGUGCUUCUCCCAUUUUACGCCACUCCUUUGGGAAAGUCUACCUACGACAAGUACCUCAGUGCCCACAACCACACGUUCCCAGAUUACGUGGAAGAGCUCCAAGGCAUCUCCGCUGGCAGUGGAGUACCGUUUUCGACGUUGUUUUUGAUCAACAUCGUGGAAGAGUACGGCAACUCGAUUCCGCUUCCGAAUGCUUUUGAAAGCCAACUGCACUGCUCCGACCUGGUCCUGCACACGUCGGACGUUUGCGUCGUCGGUCAUAACGAAGACAGCGGGGCUGGCGACGUCAACCGCACGGCGUUGGUCACGGCCAAGAUCAAGAACAACCCUUGGUUUACUGCGUUCACGUACCUCGGGGACCUGCCCACGGGGGCGUUUGGAGCGAACCAGCACGGCGUGGCCUUCUCCAUGAACUACGUGGAGCCGUUGGACAUUGACGUUGGCGGCCUCGGCCGUGGGUUCAUUUCCCGCGACUUGUUGGGUGCGACGUCCCACGACGAUGCCGUCGCCCGCAUCACCCGACCAGGGCAGGCUUCUGGCCACAACUUUCAACUCAUGGAUGUACCUACCGCCCGAGUGUUGAACAUUGAAGUGGCAUCGUUCAACCGUACAAACAUUCGCGAGAUCACGGCCGGAUCAGCGCCAUUCUUUCACACGAACCAGUACCAAUCCCUUCUCAUUCGGUGAGUUCGUACGACUCUUCUUCAGGUGUCAAGUAUGCCAUCAUUGUGUGCUUUGUUGGCAGGCAACCAGUUUUCCCGAGCAGCUACCACCGCCUGAGGCGCUACACCCACGUGACCCCCCCGUCGUCGGUUGCGUCCAUCUUGGCCCUUCUCGGCGACCAAGGAGACACGUCGUAUCCUAUCUUCCACGACGACAAAUCCCAUGCCAAGGGCGAGCUGUCCAACUGGACGUUGAUCACGGUGCUGUUUGACGUCAAGAACGGCGUGCUGUAUCUGCUGCGUCCGCGCGUGAACCCUGGCGAGGCCCGCGUGGCGAUGGUUGUGGACUUGCUGGACGUGCAGCAUGUCAAGCUGCUGCACACGGCGUCGGAACAAGACCUUGCCAAGACCAACAUGCUCGCGACGACCAAGGCUCGUUCGUAGGAAGGACAUGCGGAAGAGACUGUAGGGGCUCAUGGAAUUAAUCCCAUGGGCGAGAAGAGACCUAUGGUAAACUAACGGAGGUCCAAAGGGUUUUUGAUUCCAGGGAGUCAAUGGAGAUAGAUACUGUACACCUCAUUUACGUCAUCACAGGGAUACUCUUCU